CAAGAGUAAAAACGUCAAAACGAAAAUUUCACGCAAAACCAGAAGACGCGAGCAAGUUACGAAAAUUCGAUCGGACGCUAAAUCCUUUUAAUUCCGGAUUAUUUCGGUGCAAAUCUAGCGUCCAGUGAUGGCGGACGAAGGCAACGAGGACAGUUGGUUGUACGGAAAGGCGGACGGUGGUGGUGGCCAAGAGGAAGACGAGCGAGAUCCGGAAGGUGGCAAGAAAAAUGGCUCCUCCGCCGUGGAUCAAUCCGCUGAGGAUUCUCCGGGUAAAAAGAAGCGCCCCCGGAGCAGCUUCUCCGACGAGGAGCACCACCAGCACGACGAUAAUGCGAUGGACUCGAGUGACCUCGUUCCGGCCGAAGACGAUGCCGAUGCUGCUGGCCGGGGGGAAGAGGCGGCAGAUUUCCAAGGCGAGGAGGAUUCCCAUUUGCAGGAGGAUGAAGGGGGAGUGCGGAGCGAUGGUGAGAUGGAUUCCGACGAUAGUGACGAUGACGACGAUAUUAACGUGGUGAUUCGGCCAACUGGACCGAGUUACAACAUAAUUAAGCCAAGGGGCGCGAUUAUUCCACCGGUGGCUGCUCCGGCGGCACCUGGUCAGGAUAAGGCCAAACAACCGGCGGGCAAGUUUAGCAUCGAUGAGUUUGAGAGCGUUGGCACCAUUAAUGGCGUUCCGGCCCACGAGUUCAGCAUUGAUUCGCUGGAGGAAAAGCCCUGGCGUAAGCCCGGUUCCGAUAUUACGGAUUACUUCAACUAUGGGUUCAACGAGGAAACUUGGCGGGCUUACUGCGAGCGUCAGAAGCGCAUGCGGAUGCACGAAAGUGGCGUUGGACUGCAAGGAUUGACCAUCAACAAUCCGCAAGCUGCGCAGACCCCGAACAACUGGAGAGGGCCACCGCCGCCGCGGAAGAUGAACAACGGUAUUGACGUGAUUGGAGGCAUGAACAUGCACCAACGUCCGGAAGGGGACAUGAUGAUGCCGCGUCACCCGAAGGAAAACGUUAUCCAGGUCAUGACCGCUGACCGGCGUGAGUACAGUCGUUCCGCGGCCAAAUUUGACUCGAUGGGAGCUCCGUUCGGGGGACUGCCCGAUUUUUAUCAACACGAGGCCGAUUACGGUGACUACGGGUACGAGCCAACGCAGGAAUCCCAAUGGAACCAGGAGUCCCAGUGGCAGCCACAUGGCAUUAAGACGCUCACGCCAGGUCCUCCGGCGAUGAUGCAGGGCAUGGGAAUGCCGCCACCGCACAUGAUGCCACCGCCGAUGUCGAUGGGACCGCCCGGUAUGGGUGGCCACCACGGAAUGCGCAGCCACGAACGGCGUAGCCACGAUAGGUCCGACCGAGACCGAAGCCGUCGUUCCCGCGGCGAUGAAAGAGAACAUCGCCGGGAUCGAGAUAGAGGCGAUCGUGACCGAGAGUCGGCCGUGGUUAAGAUGGAAGGUCCAGAACCGAGCCGUCCACGGAGCGAGAAGCCCGAGGACAAGGAGAAGCGCUCCUCUUCAAAGUCCGAUCGACACAAGGACAGAUACCGCGAGAGAUCCCGCAGCCGGGAAAAGUCCAAGUCCAGACGGAGGUCGCGUAGCCGCGAGCGGGAGCGCCACAGUGGAGGCGGCGGCAGCAGCAGCAGCAGCAGUCGUUCCGAAAAGAAAAAGUCGCGCAAGGACAAGGAGGAGAGCGAAUGAGAAGGACGGUUUGUUUGAGUUGAAUUCUUUCCGUAAAGUGUUUGAACAGAGUAAUAACAAAAUAUCGAUAAUUGUGGUACAAUUAAGUUGGAUGUAAUCUUACGUCUGUUGCUCUAAUAUACCAAUGAUUUAGAGUGA